UUGGCCGUUCAGGCGUGCUAGCGCCGACGAUCUAGAGCCGCGGCCUGUCAGAGACCCGCCACCCCUGCCAAGAACCCCGGCAAUUUUUCUUGCCGUUCUGAUCCGAGUCGAACGAUGCGUAAAGGAUCUAAUCUGAUAAACGAGAUGGCAAAUUACGGGCCACCUUCAAACAAACAUCCUCGCUGCUGUCGCCCUUCUUCCAAGUUCUCGCACACCAACAUCGACGCCCACAUUGAGCCAUGGAUGUCGCACUAGAACUCCUCGACCCCCUCGUCUUCGACAAGGCCUACGCUUGGGCUUUGCCGCACCCAGGAGCCAGCUUCAGCAACAAUUCCUCGGACGCGACAAACCUCCUGACAGCGGGUGCGGCGCCUCUCUCCCUUUGGGACCGCAACAACAUUUAUCGCCAAUGCAUCUCAAUUCUUCUCAUCACGCAAUUCGGGGCCUCUGCGCUCUACUUCUUCUUCAGUGCACUUUCGUAUUACUUCGUUUUUGAUCGACGCCUGGAGUAUCACCCGAGGUUCCUCAAGAACCAAGUGCGCCAGGAGAUCAAGUCAUCCAUGACCGCCGUGCCAUUCAUCAAUCUCUUGACCCUUCCCUGGUUUUUGGCUGAAGUUCGUGGACACAGCUUGCUGUACGGCGAUGUCGAGUCGUACGGCUGGGCCUGGCUUGGUGUUUCGUCGCUCCUGUACAUGGCUUUUAACGAUGUUGCCAUCUAUUGGAUUCAUCGCCUGGAACACCACCCCAGUGUUUACAAGUACAUCCACAAGCCACAUCACAAGUGGAUCGUUCCUACACCUUGGGCUGCAUUAGCAUUCCACCCGCUCGAUGGCUACGUACAGUCGCUGCCAUACCAUGCUUUCGUGUUCUUCUGCCCCAUGAACCGGUAUCUUUAUAUGGUGCUCUUUGUCGCGGUACAGAUUUGGACCAUCUUUAUUCACGAUGGCGACAUGAUCUCCGGUCACUGGACGGAGAAAUUCAUUAACAGUCCUGCUCACCACACACUGCACCACAUGUACUUCACUGUCAACUACGGACAGUAUUUCACCUGGUGUGACAACUACUUCGACUCCCAUAGGGCACCCUGCCCCGAGCUCGACCCCAUCCACGACGCUCUCAAGGUUAUGAGGGCAAAGGGUCUUGUCGAUGAGGCAGGCAACCCGAUCACGAAACCGAAAGAGGAGUGAGAUGUGCGAAGCACGAUGAAUUGCAGCAUUCUGUUGCGCGGAGCGGGUUCUCUUAGCAUUGGGGGCGUCAUUAGAUUUCAACGAUCGUUACGAUCGCCAUGCAUAUUCCGUACAUAAUGUUAAUACCAUAACCAACCCUUGAACGAGGUUCGGGUAUUUCGCAGGUUCUAUGAUAUAUGAUGGAUGGAGGAUGUAAGCCAAGUCCACCACGCGAUAACCAUGUUAGGCAACAAUGUAAAAGCCUUUUGUAGAAUGCCUUCGCCUACAUCACAGGAUGCC